AUGUUCCAGGAUAAAUUCAGUGAAUACCUAUCAGACUAUGCUGAUCUAUUGUUCAAACUAUAUGGGGAUAGAGUAAAAACGUGGAUUACUAUAAACGAACCAUAUUCAGUCUGCGUCAGUGGCAUACGGAUUUUAGGUGAACUUAGGCCUAACGGUAUAGUAGAAUAUCUUUGUGGUCACACUUUCCUUAAAGCACAUGCAGCAGUUUACGAUCUGUAUCAGAGGAAAUAUAAAGCAACACAAAAUGGUAAAAUAAGUAUGGCUUUUAACUUACAAUGCAACUAUCCCGAAACAGAUUCAGCAGAAGAUAUAGAAGCAGCAGAAAGGGCCAAUCAAUUUGCAUUAGGUUGGUUUGUCCAUCCUGUCGUGUUUGGAAACUAUCCACAAGUGAUGAUUGACAACAUUGCCAAUAUAAGCAAAACUCAAGGUUUUCUCGAAUCCAGACUUCCAGUUCUUACUACUGAAGAUCAAAUGUUGUUAAAGGGAUCUUUUGAUUUUAUUGGACUUAAUAACUAUGAUACGUUUUUAGUGUCAGAUAAUAAGAAGGUCGACAUUGAUCCCAGUUAUAUCAAUGAUCAAGGGGUUAAUUUUACGUAUUUUCCAAAUUGGACUGUGGAUCAUUCAAUUGAGAUGAGGGCCAAAGGUUUAGGCAUUAUUCUUAAUUGGAUAAAGAAAACAUUUAACGAUCCAGAAAUUCGAAUUUUGGAGCAAGGCUUUCCAGAAGCCUCUACUGACUUAUAUGACAAUAACAGACAUAAAUAUAUAGUGGCUAGUCUACAACAAUUAUGGAAAAGUAUUAAUGAAGAUAAUGUUCAUGUAACAGCGUAUACCUUUUGGAGUUUGAUGGAUAAUUUUGAGUGGGACAAAGGAUACUCGGUCAGAUAUGGACUCAACUAUGUAGAUUUUAACGACCCUAAUAGGAUAAGAAUACCAAGAUUGUCAGCUUUAACAUACAAUUAUGUUUCUACAAAAAAAACAUUACGAGGUUUAUUAUAA